AUGCCUCUGAAUAAGACUCUGGGGCCUGAUGGUUUUCCAGCUGAAUUUUUCAAGGCCACUUGGGAUAUUUUGGGUUCUGAAAUAUCUUUGUCUGUCUUGAAUUUCUUUCAGGCCAGUUUCAUGCCUACUUCACUGAAUUCCACUUCCCUGGUGCUCAUUCCUAAACGACCAGGUGCGGAGGAGCUCAAAGAUUUCAGACCGAUAGCUUGCCUCAACACUCUGUAUAAGAUUAUUACCAAGUUGCUGUCGGAGAGAAUCAAGUUAGUUCUUCCGAGUCUUGUUCUAUCAAAUCAGACUGCCUUCGUGAAAGAUCGUCUGUUGUUAGAAAAUGUGCUUUUGGCCUCUGAAGUUAUGCAAGGAUACCACAGAGAAGGCAUCAGUAGUCGAAUCACUCUAAAGGUGGAUAUUUCAAAAGCAUUUGACUCGGUAAGAUGGGACUUUCUCCUGAGUGUUCUCCAAGCUUACAAGUUUCCUUCUUCUUUCAUCACUUGGAUCAGAAGUUGUGUUUGUUCUCCUUCAUUUUCGGUGAGCAUCAAUGGCGUAACUUCAGGCUACUUUAAAGGGAAGACUGGACUGAGGCAGGGGGAUCCUCUUUCUCCAAUCCUUUUUGUUCUGAUCAUGAAUGUUUUAUCAUUUAUGCUCAACAAGGCUGCCUUGGAAGGGCAUUACGGUUAUCACCCGGGUUGUGAGGACCUUCAACUCACCCAUCUUUGUUUCGCGGAUGAUCUUCUAAUCUUUUUGGAAGGAUCCGAACGCUCUUUACGCGGAGUUUUCUCAGUCCUUUCUGAUUUUGAGAAGAUGUCAGGUCUUGGUAUUAACCUCCAGAAGACGUCAAUGUUUUGUCAGGGUCUAGAUGGUGCUUCUCUAGACAAUAUCAAAACCCUUUUCAAUCUGGAAGCUUCUUCCCUUCCUGUACGUUAUCUGGGAUUGCCGCUUUCAUCAAAAAAGCUUUCGAUUGCUGAUUGUGACCCUUUGCUAAUCCAGAUUCAAAAAAAGCUUGACUCUUGGACGAACAAGCUUCUGAGUUUUGCGGGUCGCCUAACCCUGCUUUCCUCCGUCAUCUCUGGGAUUGUUGGAUUCUGGACUAGCGCUUUCAUUCUUCCCAAGAAGGUUAUUAAACGAAUUAAUAGUCUAUCUUCUUCCUUCUUGUGGCAUGGUAAAACUGGAAUCUCUGCUGGAGCAAAGGUUGCUUGGAAUCUGUUAUCUUCUCCGAAGAUAGAAGGAGGGCUUGGCAUAAAGGAUAUUGUGAGUUGGAAUAAUGCGUCAGCCUUGAAACUGAUUUGGAUGUUAUUUUUCCGAGCUGGUUCUAUUUGGGUUGCUUGGAUUCGACGAAGAUAUGUUUCUAAUUCCUCUUUCUGGGCAUUGAACGAUAAGAACUAUUCUUACUCGUGA